GUUUUUAGUCGUUUGUGCUAUUUCCUUUAUUUGCUUUCGCAUUUUUCAGUUUCCCAGUUUGUUUUUUAUUGUUAAGUUGGAGCAGUACUGAUUCCCAAGUACCCAGCUCCAAGUUACCAGGAAAUCUUCUCGCAAGGAAGGUAUCCACUGGAAUUUGAUCCAUGACCAUCCCCGACUUACCCGUGUACCGUGACUUCAAAGACAUUGUUGAUAAAGGACAUUGAAGUGUUGGGAGCAUGGAUUCACGCAGUCAUCCGCAAGUGUAUCAUGAGCAUCAAGUGAAGCAGUUCUGUGCCAUGCACGCACUGAACAAUCUCUUCGGAGAGCCGUGCUUCUCCAAGAAAUCCCUAGACGAGAUCUGCGAUAGACUGACUCCUUCCAAGGGAUGGACGAAUCCCCACCGAUCCUUCUUCGGAUUCGGGAAUUACGAUGUCAAUGUCGUCAUGGUGGCGGUCCAGUCGCGCAACUGUGAAGCCAUCUGGUGGGAUAAACGCAAUGACCUGUCGAGCUUGGACCUGUCGAAUGUGGUGGGGCUGAUUCUGAACCUGCCCAACGAUUACGGUAUCGGUUCCUUUAAACUGCCGCUGGGACGCCGACACUGGAUCAGCAUCCGGCCGGUCAGCGUGGCCGGAACACCGCCGCCCUCCUCCCAUCCGGCAGCCGCCGGGCGCGAGCCAAAACGCAUGGUCUUCUACAAUCUGGACUCCAAAUUCAAGGCGCCCCUGCUGAUCGGUAACGAGGCCGCCGUUAUUACCUUCCUGCGUGAGGCUCUGGGGACCAAGGGCGGGGAGAUGCUGGUGGUGGUGCAGCAGCCGAUCUCAGCUGAGAAGAGCGCGUAGACGCGCACAGGCGCCGGAUGGUGGGCCGUAUCUGGUGUUGACCAAAAGGAGCGCGAUGGGGAAACACAACAGUGGUUUUUAAUCAGGUUUUAUUUGUACUCGCACUCGUGGUGUAUGCUUUGGUUGUACUGCUGAUGCCUUGUGGAAAUUUAUUCACUAACGUAAAUCUUGGGAAUUUUCUUUUACACGAAGUAUUCGUGAUUUUUAGUUGUAGCAUGCGGAGAGAUUGUUCUUGAUACGGCAGAAUUCGUCCCGCUGACGAGGUAGAACGGUGCGGUCUUGUGCUUACCGGUACAUGUGCAUUUCUUAAGAUAACUCUUUGAUGAAACCAGUAAAAACAGUAACAGUGCCUCUAUGUUGAAAGUUGAAAAGUUGACGAACAAGUAAAGCAUUUCUCACAGCUG